CCCUCAGCCAGCCGGGAAGGCAGCACUGGGACGCGAAGCUACAGGGAGCUCGAGCCUACCAACCACUAGCUUCCCACCUCCAACACAACGAACUCGAACCACCCACGACGACCGGCGGCAACUCACCGCUGCGACUCUUGCAUUUGACGAACACAAAUAAAUUGCCGAGCUUCCAGAUUCAAUAUCUGUUCAGUCUUGCCCGCACACACACCCCAGCAACCAUGGAUCACCGCCCGCAAGCUUGGGGCCGUCCCAGAGACGACGUCUACGGCGCCUACGAUGCCUCCUACCUCCAGACCAGCGGCCCCAAGACGGCGACACAAUCGCCCGUUGUAACGGGCACCUCAGUCAUCGCCAUCAAGUUCAGAGAUGGCGUUGUCAUGGCUGCCGAUAACCUGGCCUCCUACGGCUCCCUAGCGCGCUUCACCGACGUCAAGCGCCUCCGCCCCUUCCUCUCGACCUCGGUCGUCGGCUUCGGCGGCGACGUCUCCGACAUGCAGUUCCUCGACCGCCACCUGACUGAGCUGGCCAUCGACGAGAGCUACGAGCACGAGCACUCCGAGAAUCCCGCAAAGUCCCAGCUCAACGCCGCGAACCUGCACAAGUAUCUCUCCAAGCUCAUGUACCGGCGGCGCAAUGACUUUGACCCGCUCUGGAACCAAAUCCUCGUCGCCGGCUUUGAUAGCUCCUCGAAACCCUUCCUUGCGAGCGUUGACCUGCGCGGCACGACCUUCACCUCCCCCUCGCUGGCGUCAGGUUUCGGCGCGAUGCUGGCGCAGCCUAUCAUGCGGCGGUACGCGGCCACCGAGGAGGACGCGGCGCGGCUGAGCCGCGAGGAGGCGGUCAACGUGGUCAAGGAGUGCAUGAAAGUGCUCUUUUACCGCGACGCGCGGUCGCUGGAUCGGUACAGUAUCGCGGUGGUAACCAAGGACGGCGUAGAGUUGAGCGAGGACGAGCAGCUGGAGAAGCAGAGCUGGGCGUUUGCCGAGCGGAUUCGCGGGUAUGGUACGCAGACUGUCUAGAUGGUAGAUUGGUUGGCUUCCAAGUUAUCCAUGAACGGGGUAGACGAGCAAUUCAUCAUGCAGAGCUGCUCUGAUCCGGGGCAAGCACGCACGUGUUCUGAACUGCUCGGUAGGACUGCAACAAGCCCGUCGUAACUGUGAGAAUGCCCCUACAUGAAGGCCGGCUCUUGGAGCAUUACAGAGGUUGAGGAUCCGCGUGUCCAUAACAAGUAUAUUGCUGCGAAAGAUGGCUUUCCUGACCAUCUCCUUUCCUGUCACCCUAUCGCUACCGCUAUUCAUUAUCCCAAAUGAACCAACCCUGUUACCACUAAACCCAAU